UAUGGGAUAAAGAAGAAGGAAGAAAAGGAAGCAGAGGCACAGGCCGCACUGGAAGCUAUCGCUGAAGGGAGUCUGACACGCCCAAAGAAGGCAAUCCCUCCUGGCUGUGAGGAUGAGGAGGAGGAGGAAGAAGAGAGCAUUCUAGACACAGUCAUCAAAUACCUACCAGGGCCCCUGCAGGACAUGUUCAAGAAGUAA